AUGUCGACUACUACAGAUAAUGCUGCAACAGGGACACCAGUUGCAAAGUCUAUUCCACCAAAUCACACGCUCUAUGUUAACAAUUUAAAUGGAAAAGUUAAAAAGCAACAAUUAAAAAAAUCACUUUAUAAUUUAUUUAUUUCCUACGGUCGUGUUAUUGGCAUUAUUGCUAUAAAAGGUGUUAAAAUGCGUGGACAAGCAUUUAUUGUUUUUGAUGAUAUUCAAAAUUCCACAUCUGCAUUACGUUCAUUACAAGGUAUAAUGUUUUAUGGUAAACCAAUGCGUUUAUCGUAUGCAAAUCGGGAUUCGGAUGCAAUACGUUUUUCAAAACAACAAAUUGAUGAAAAGACAGCUGCAUUAGCUGCGACUAGUCAGCCAGAGCCUAAACAACGUAAAGAGAAACCUCGUAUACCACCACCUCCAUUACAACCACCACCGGAUCGUACACUACACGAACAGCAUAUUGCCUUAAUGAAUUCCGAGGAAGUUAAUCGUGCUGCUAAUGCUGUUGCAGCAGCUGAAGCUGAAUUACAAGAAUUACCAUUACGUGAUCGUACACGAAGAAUUCAAUCGGUUAUAGCUGCACAAACAACAUUAGUUGGUAGUGCUGUCCCAAUGAUGACAGAAGUACAACCAAAUUCUACACUUUUUGUUACGAAUUUACCGAAUGAAACUACACGUGAAGCAUUAGAAAAGUUAUUUCAUCAAUUUCCUGGUUAUAGUGAUGUUCGCCUUGUGCCUGGACGUGAAGGUAUUGCUUUUAUUGAUUUUGAUAAUGAUUCAGGUGCAGCUUCAGCUAAGGAUGGUCUCAAUGGUUUCCAAAUUUCAGCAACCAACGCAAUAUUCGUCAGCUUUGCAAACAAAUAA